UCAGUUCUGUGAAUUACAGAACCGAAACCGAGAGGAGCAGAAAAAGAAAGGAGAAGAAGAAGAAGUCGCCGCCGUUGAAAUUUCCUUUUGUUCCGCCGCCGUCCGUCGCCGACCGCCCUCGCCGUUGUUCCUCGUCGCCGUCUGCCACUUUAGCCAUUAUGUCAUAUCGACGAUCAAAUUUUAUGGAGACGGACGAUAUGUUCCUCCAGUUUGAGGACGAUUUAGAUAAUAACAUCGCGGGAGGGUCUUCAUCUGUGGGCGACAAUACGGGGUCUUCUUCUCAACAAACGACUCCGACUUCUAGGAGACGUGCGCAGUCUCGACUCUUGGAGUUAGAGCGCCACGUUGCAAUAAAUGGGCGCAUUUCGAUGACGAUCGCCCCUGGUGCGGAGAAGCCUAUUUCUCCACACGCCGUUCGUUUCAGCCAAGCGAUAGGCGUGUGCGUGCGAAAGACAUUUCCCGUCCGCUGUCUUAAGUGGACGGACGUUGGGAGAGAAUACAUUGAGGUCGUCAAGGGCGACCUCCAGGUAAUUAAAUGCACUACACAUUUAUAUAUGAUUUCAUUUGAAACAUAUCUAACUUUAACCAAUCUAAUGUGUUAUGUUUGUAAUGUGCAGCGAUUGUUUGUGCUUGAUUUCAAUGAUCAAGCAAUGAACAGGUUUGUUGAGCAUCAGAUGCUCACGACCUUUAAAGAGUUUCGGGCCGACUGUUAUAGACAUUUCAAAAAGUACAGCGACCCGGAGGAGACUCGUGCCAACCCACCAAACGCAUUGGUUGGACGUGAUGAGGAUUGACACUUCCUCUGCGACCAUUAUAUCAACCGUGCAUUCCAGGAGCAAUCACGGACAAACAAGGCUGCUAGACAGAAGCAGCCUUACAAUCAUAGUAGCGGGUCCAAGUCGUUUCUACAACGACAGUAUGAGCUCGCUGAAAGAAGAGGGCAGCCGAUCGAUCGUGUGGAAUUAUUCCGAGAAACACACGUUC